ACAAUUAAUUUCCAGUUGACAUUUGUCUCUGUAUACAAUAUUUCUUUCAUUGCUGUUGACCGUUACUUUGCCUUAAGCAAUCCUUUCCUCUAUUCCAAAAAGGUAUCGCUGUCUAUAGCAUUCAUUAUAACAAUACACAUUUGGAUUGUGUCACUGUUUUACAACUGUGCACUUCUUUACUUUAAUGGGUACUUCAGAAACAAAUGUCCAGAUAGAUGCCUUCCAUUUGUGGAUGAAGUGUGGUCUACUGUUGAUCUUGUUGUUGUUUUUAUUUUACCGUGUGCCACUAUCAUAAUUCUGUACCUAAAAGUAUUUUUCAUUGCAAGAAGGCACGCAGUCUUAAUCAGAGCUGCACUCAAGGACCAGAAACAACCGGAUGUCCAGAACAAUGGCGACUCAAUGAGAUUGAAGAGAAAAGCUGCCAAAGUCCUUGGAAUUAUUGUGUCAGUGUUUUUGAUAUGUUUAAUAACCUAUUAUGUUUGUAUGUUACUAUUUGAUGUGUUAGCCCAAUCAUAUGACAGUGUGGUAAAUACCAUGUUAACACUAUUUUUCCUUAAUUCUACCAUCAACCCCAUAAUUUAUGCCUUGUUCUAUUCUUGGUUUCAAAAAAGUAUAAAAUUAAUUCUCACAUUUAGAAUAUGCAGGGCCGACUCCUCACUGAUAAAUGUUCUCUCAAGUAACUGA